GCCCAAGGAAGGCACUGCCGGUCGGCUGGCGGCGCCCGGCGUGAGUGUCUUGCUCCACCUUGGCCGCCCCUUGGUGAUGUUGCUCAUUAUUCCCCCAUCGGCCGCCAUGUUUGGAAGCAUGCUCGCAGUCUGUCAGACUGAUAGCGGUGCAUGUUGGCCGCGUGGUUCAUUCUUUGGAAAACAAAAGUCCGUAGCCUCAGUCGCAGUGUAG